CUCGUACUGUAACUGUGCUUUAAUUCACUUCCUUUUUUCUCAAUAUUUCUCACUUACGAGGAUAAUCCGUUAUAAGUGAUUGUUAUAAAUAAUUGUUAUGCGACACGUAAGAACUCGCGUAAUGAAUCGCUGCGCGAUACCCGUCACAACUGUCGAACGAUACUAAUCGAAAUAAAAUAAAUUAGAAACUUUGUUGCCGAGUCACUUAACGUGAGUAACGAAACAAGGCGGUGCCGUCAGUGCCGUGUUUCCGGACGGAUUCCACGAAAAAGCCGGACGCUAUUCUUCACCGAUAUUAGAAAUUAUCGAACGCUUCGCGUCGACGUCCCGGAAGAGUCUUUCAAACGCGCGAUAACGAAGGCGCUGUCUUUCUCGGAAUGUAUAGCCGAGCACAGAGAUUGGAGGAAAUGUCAAAAUGAAGUAAAAAAGUUUAAGGAAUGUAUGGCUGAACAUACAAAGCAGCAACAAUCAGAACAUUAAUAAUAGGUACCUGAAUUUAAAGAUGUGGUUGAUAAAUAGAUCUAUUAAAUCUUUAUUUGCUCCUGUUUGGAAUGGACAGAAUUGUAAAAUGGUAAUAGUAGUUCGGUCAGAUAUACCUAUGGGAAAAGGUAAAAUCGGUGCUCAGUGUGCUCAUGCUGCAUUAGAAUGUUGUCGCCAGACUUUAAACAAUGAAAAGAAACAACAAAUGUUUCAAUCUUGGUUACAAAUUGGACAGCCAAAAAUUGUUGUCAAAAUACCAAAUGAAGAGGAGUUAUUGAUUUUGGCAGAUAAAGCUCAACGUGCUGGUUUAAUUACUGCCAUAAUAAAAGAUGCUGGUAGGACUCAAUUAAAGCCUGGCACAGUCACAGUUGUCGGCAUAGGACCAGGAUCUAAUGAAGUUAUUGAUAGUCUUACAUCGAGAUUAAGAUUAUUAUAAAUGUAUCUUGUAAAUAAAAGAAGAUAUUGUUAAGGAAG